GGCGCCGACGAGGCUCUUCUUGUCCACGAUAUCUUCCGUUCCACAAGAGCUCGAGUAGAAACAACCGCCGGCGAAAGCACUCGCCGGAGCAGUUCCCCUGAUGGGAUCCCGACGAACGAAGCGCACCUGCGGUAGCAUCGAAAAUGUUCCGGCGUGGCGGUUCGCGUGAACAGGGGUCAGAGGAUGCUGCCCGGGAAUCGUUCCCGUCUCGCGGGUCGCUCUCUCGCACGCCGAGGUCGUUUCCGGGCCCGCCCAUUGGCCCGUGCACCGACCUCGCCCGAAACUCCUGCUGCUUCUGCUCUCGUUUCCGGUCGGGCUCCUGCUGCACGGCCUCCGGGAAAGGAUGGUUUUGAUGGGUUCGACUCGUUCGAAAGGAUGGGUCGCGAAAGUGCCGCGCGCACGCCAGGUGACUGUGGAUAUGAGGCUGAGCCCGGCUUCUUCGGUAGUUUUCGGGUAGGGGAAGAGUCGAGCGGCGACGAGGCCGAGGAGAGUGCCGGUUCGGAGGAGGAUGAUGGUCUGCCGUUGGUGAAACCGCUCGGUUUGAAGAACGGGCGGAGUGAUUGCGUUCGAAGCGUUGAGGAAUGUGGAGAUGAACUGAGACACCCUUUGGUGAGGGAAGUUUGUAGGCUGGUUCAGCUUCGGUCGGUUUGGAACCCGAACUUUGAAGGUGAGUUGAGGCAUCUGUUGAGGAGCCUCAAGCCGAGGCAGGUGUGCGCCGUGCUUCGGGCGCAGGAGGAUGAGCGGGUCGCCUUGAUGUUCUUCUACUGGGCUGAUCGGCAGUGGCGGUACUGGCAUGAUCCUAUUGUGUAUUAUACGAUGUUGGGGAUCUUGAGCAAGACCAAAUUGUGCCAAGGCGCUAGGAGAAUUAUCCGGCUCAUGCACCGAAGGCAGAUUGUGCGUGAGCCUGAAGCUUUUGGAUAUCUCAUGCUGUCCUACAGUAGGGCGGGCCAGUUAAGGCGUGCCUUGCAGGUUCUGACGUUGAUGCAGAAGGCAGGUGUUGAACCUAAUUUAUCAAUAUGCAAUGUGGCGAUGAAUGUCCUCAUAAGGGCCAACAGGCUUGAAAAGGCAUUUAAGUUCAUGGAGAGAAUGCAACUCGUUGGAAUUAUGCCAAAUGUGGUUACUUAUAAUAGUUUAAUCAUGGGUUACUGUGAUUUACAUUGUGUUGAGGAUGCCAUUGAGCUGCUCGAUGGAAUGCCUGCAAAGGGUUGUCCGCCAGAUAAGAUCAGUUACUAUACUGUCAUGGAUUUUCUAUGUAAAGAAAAAAGGGUUGAAGAAGUGAGGGAGAUGUUGCAGAAAAUGGUAAGGGACAGUAAUUUAUUACCGGAUCAGGUUACUUAUGAUCAUCUAGUCCAUGUGCUUGCCAAGCAUGGCCAUGGAGAUGAGGCUCUUGAAUUUUUGAGGGAAGCAGAACAGAGAGGCUUUCAGAUUGAUAAAAUAGGGCAUAGUGCCAUAGUCCAUUCAUUUUGUAAGGAGGGGAAUCUAGAUAAGGCAAAGGAAAUAGUGAAUGAGAUGUUCUCGAAGGGUUGUACCCCAGAUGUGGUGACAUAUACUGCUGUGCUUGAUGGGUUUUGUCGAGUAGGUAAAGUAGAUCAAGCUAGAAAGCUGCUGAAGCAAAUGGAAAGGCAUGGCUGCAAGCCAAAUACUGUAUCUUAUACAGCCUUGUUAACUGGUCUCUGUCGAAGUGGUAAGUCUUCAGAAGCUAGAGAAAUGAUGAACACGAGUGAAGAGGACUGGUGGAGUCCUAAUGCCAUUACUUACAGUGUGGUGAUGCAUGGGCUGUGCAGGGAGGGAAAGUUGUCAGAGGCUGGUGAGGUAGCUCUAGAGAUGGUGAAGAAGGGAUUCUUUCCUACUCCUGUUGAAAUUAACUUACUUCUUCAGUCUCUCUGCGAGAAGGGAAAAGUGGACGAGGCUAAAAGGUUCAUGGAAGAAUGUCUGAAGAAAGGGUGUGCUGUUAAUGUUGUGAACUUUACCACAGUUAUUCAUGGGUACUGUCAGACAGAUAAUUUGGACGCGGCUCUAUCUUUGCUCGAUGACAUGUACCUCAGCAACAGACAUGCUGAUGUAUUCACAUAUACGACACUAAUAGAUGCACUGGGGAAGAAGGGAAGAAUUGAAGAGGCAACUGACCUUAUGAUGAAGAUGCUGAAGAAGGGUUUGCUUCCUACUCCGGUUACAUACAGGACAGUCAUACACCGUUAUUGUGAAAGGGGUCAGGUGGAAGAUUUGUUAAAGCUGUUGGAAAAGAUGCUUUUGAGGCAAAAGUUCAAAACAGCAUACAAUCAAGUCAUUGAGAAGCUUUGUUAUUUUGGAAACUUAGUGGCAGCGGAAAAACUUCUGAAUAAGGUUCUGAGAACAGCCUCUCGUAUUGAUGGCAAUACAUGCCAUGUCUUAAUGGAGAGUUAUUUGAGCAAGGGGAUCCCUCUGUCAGCAUACAAAGUUGCAUGCAAAAUGUUUCAGCGGAAUAUGAUUCCUGAUUUAAAACUGUGUGAGAGAGUGACCAAAGGACUUAUGUCAGAAGGGAAACUGGAGGAGGCGGAUAAGCUUAUGUUACUCUUUGUGGAACGUGGACACAUUAUGCCUCAGAGUUGAAAACAAUACCAAUCCUGUGAAGCAUCCUUCUACAUUAAAAUGCAGUUGAUACCUCCCACUUUCUCUACUAUCACCUUUCUUCUUAUGGGCUUGGAGCAUGAUAUGUCCAUGAAAUUAUCUGUCUUUUCCUCUGAAAUAUGGAGGAUGCCUGUUCAGACUUGAUGCAAGAACAGAAGUACAGAAAGUGAGAUGUAGCCAGUGGCUGUCAUGAUUGUCUUCCUGUUUCUGGCCGAGAGAAGGUUAUGUUGGUUAACAUGAACUUCUAGUGAAUUUGUAUCCAGUUUGACGGCUACUCAGGUUCAAGAAUGGGCAGGAUAGGUGAAUUUUUCACAUCUUGAUGAGUCACAUGCACUCGAAAUUGAUGAUUCAAAAUCCUGAAUCACAAUUUCCAGUCAGGUCUUCUCCAGUCAUUACAGCUGGAGAUACGAUUGGCAACAUUUUCCUAGCCUUUGCAAUGCAGGCAAUCAGAAACUGGGGUAUUUUUCAUGUCUCCGAUAAUUUUCUGCAGCAGAAGAAAACCUUUACAAUUGCCACUGUCUGGAUCUGGGGCUUGGACCAAUCAAGGGAGAGAGGAUUUCGAUUUGUUUCUGCCUAAACCGAUAUGCAGAAGCUACUUCAGAGCGAUACUUCACGAGGUUCAAGCUCAAUGCAAUGUUUGGCACUCUUUUGCAAGACAAACUGAUGAAUUUGAAGACAGACCAUGCAGGACUAUUGUGCGGGUACAUGUAAUUUUCAGAAGCAACUGAUUAUUUAAUUGACUGAAGCAUACUGCUUUUGGGAAUUCAUUAUUAUCGCUUGAAAUAAUAUGAUGUCAGUGCAAAUCGUGC